AAAUCCUGAACCUUUCUGUGUCUCUUCAGCUCUGUAAAACCCUGGGCCAGAUCCUCAACUGGUGCAAAUAAAUGUAAUCCCCAUGACUCCCCUGGCACCUUGCUGACAUACAGCCUGAUCCUCAGCUGGUGUUUGUUUUUACCCAACUUAAACUACAGGGAUGCUUCAGGCCCCUGUUAAAAGCAGCCCAGGGCUGGCAUGAUCAAGUGCCAGCACCCCAAAAGGUAAUAGGGAGACUCCCAUGUGUGGCUGGGGGGGAGGAAGUGACCGGUGGGCUAAUGUUGCCUCAAGCAAGUUACCUGUUUUGUUUUGUUCCCCGCUCUGUCUAGUUAAAAAUGGCUAGUGAAUUGUUGAGACCAUCUGUCCUCAAUGAUUCCAGUUAAAAUGUGGCUUGUGAUUUAACUCUCUCAUCUGAAGAUAGGUGCGGUUUAGGAGGUUUCCUUUCCUCUCACCCUCGCUCACGCUUCACUUGGGGACUGGAAUUGAAAGGGCUUAAGGAAACACUUCACAAUGUCCCUGGUUCCCCCUCUGGGCCUGUAGAGAAGUGACCUGCUUUCCCUUUGCAGGUGUCUGCAAUCGAGGGUACAAGUUCUCCAGCCCAAGGGGUGUGUUCUGCAUUGUCUUUUAUUCUGAAUUUGGCCUGGGGGUGGCUGGUAGCACAGUGCAGCUAGGAGAAGGAGCAGUUCCUAGCACCAGAGAGCUGGUCCUGAGAAGUGUCAGCCACCUAUGACUGUUCUUUGUCAGCACCUCUGAGAAUCGGGCCCUGACUCAGACACGGUAACUGUUUAAAUGCAAGGCCAUGUGGAGACCUGGCAGUGGGCACCAGAGGACCGCAGCGUAGCCACGUGAGGAAAGAGAGGCGGCAUUCCCUGCCCAGCACUAUGCCGGUAAGCCCGGAGGAGGGGUGAGCUGUCUGCAGUGCUUCCCCCCUCCUUGUGGACUCAGCCCCCCCUGCUCAGUGGGGCGUAUGCAGGGACAACCCUGCUCUCCACUCAGGGGCUGGGGAAAUUCUCCCAGGGCUGUUGUAGGUUUGUUCUGCUUAAACUCCUGCCACCCAACAAAGGUUAAUGCCUCCAAACGCCACCAGCCCUGGAUAGAACAUGACCCUGCACAAAACUUCUGCUGCUGACUGCCCUGGUAAGCAUCCCCUCUAUUUAUAGCAUGGCCUGGCUUGCUCUUCUGAAUCAACAAGGGGAGGGGUUUUCUGGUCAUGCCCAUAUUUACAAGCCUGAGGGAGGUGGCAGGGGGCACUAAUCUGCUGCCUGUCUCAGAGGCAAGGAGGGUUCCCUGGCUAAGCCCCAUCCCGCUGAGCCAAGAGAAUGUCUAGGGAGACCUUCGCAUUCACUUCCUCCACCCUGCGUGCGCUGCGCCUGCAGAGAGAGCGGCUGGAGUGGGAGGAUCGUCGGAGGGCUCUCUCGAGGCAAUGCCUGAUGAGGAGGUUCCCACUGGCCACCAGCAGCUCCCUGCUCCCCAAGCCAGCCCGGCGUCCCCGGUACUGCCGAGACCCUGCUGUCCACAACGUCCUGUACACAGGAGACCUGCAGACCAUCAAGAACAUCUUCAAAGAUGAGGCUGUUGCAAACGUGAUCGUGGAGACGGUCAGCGAGGAGCUGAUAUGGUCGGCAGAGCUGGGUCUGUGGGUCCUGAGCCCUCAGAAGAAGCACACGUCCCCCUUGCGGAUCGCGGCGGCCCGAGGCUAUCGGGACUGCGUGAAGCACCUGAUUCUGCAGGGGGCAGAGGUUGACGCCGUGGUGGGUGGGAAGGCCGCCCUCCAUGACAGCUGCAUCCACCAGCGUGCGGAGUGCACCCAGCUGCUCCUGAACUAUGGUGCCAACGCCAAUGUGCUGUCAGAGGAGGGGCUGGCCCCACUGCAUCUCUGCACCUCCCCUGAGACCUUGCGGUGCGCCGAGCUGCUGCUGGAGCAUGGGGCCCUGGUGAACCUGAGCACCAGGGACAGGCGAAUGACCCCACUGCAUGUGGCCGCAGAGCACGGCCUGGAGGCCCACCUGCAGCUCUACCUGUGCUACGGAGCCGCCCUCGCCCACCGGAACCGGGAAGGGGAGACAGCCCUCAAUGCCGCCUGCGCGAGCGCCGACAAGCCCACCGACGCCGAGCGCUACUACAGGGUGGCCAAGCGACUGCUGGAGUGCGGAGCCGAAGCCAGGACGGCCGGCAGGAAGAACCACACCCCGCUCCACAACGCCUGCGGCAACUGCCACCCCCGCCUGGUGGCACUGCUGCUCCGUCACGGGGCUGCUGUGAACAUCAGCAACUGCGCCGGCUACACACCCAUGGACUGCGCCCUGCAGGCGGUGGAGGAGUACCUAGACGGGGAGCCUGAGAGCAUCAUCGCCACCUUACUGGACCACGGGGCGGCGGCCAUCAACCCCAAGAUGCUGAAGUUCUGCUCCUUGGCCCCCCGUGCCCUGGAAGUCGUGCUGAACUCCUACGACCGGAUCCCAUCCUGUGAUUCCUGGGUGGAAGUGGUGCCUCUGGAGAUGUGGCAGGAGCACAAGAAGUUUUAUGACUCUGCUCUCCAGAUGACGAACCAGCCCCGUCAGCUGCAGCACCUGGCGCGCUGCGCUGUGCGAAAGCACCUGGGAGCGCGGUGCCAUUCCGCCAUCCCUGAACUCAACCUGCCCCCGGCUCUGCGGGCUUAUCUGCUGCUCCCUCUUGAGGGUUACAUCCGGUGAAAGAAGAUGCAUCCUUCAGGCGUGUUAUUUGGGGAAUGGCUUGGAAUUGCUGAUGGGUGACUGAGAUUCCGAACGCACCAGGGCCUGUAAUACUCUGUCAGUUGAACAUGUCAAAUAGUAGCCCUGUGGGCUACUAAUCGAGUAAGUUGCUGCUCAGUGGAAGUACAGUUGGCAGAAUCUAGCCCUUUCUGAACAUACUUUGAUAACAGGGCUCUGCUUGUGCCAGCACCAGUUUCCACCUCCCUCUACUGCAUAUAAUACAAGGACAAAGGAUGGUCAAUGAAAUUCAAAAGCAGGAUACUUAAGUGACACAGCAAAAUAUUCUUCCCCAGCCAGUACCUCCUUACUC